CUAAAAUGUGAUGAAAUAAGAUCCAACGGCCCACAACAUUUCCGCACUCCCUUACUUCUCUCUCUUAAACCCUUAGAAACCACAAAUCACCCCUUUCGUUUCUAUCCUUGAGUUAGGGUUUUUCACCGAUUACGAAAGGUACUGCGAUGGCUUUCUUCAAUAAGGCUGGGAGUAUAUUAAGGCAAGCUGCGUGUAGUAAGAACAUUGGUCGUGAUAUUUCAGCAUCUGGCUCUUCAAUAUUUCAAACAAUAAGAUGCAUGUCAACAAAACUCUUCAUUGGAGGGCUCUCGUAUGGCACUGAUGAGUAUAGUUUGAGAGAAGCAUUUGAAAAGUAUGGUGCUGUCACUGAAGCAAAAAUAAUAUCUGACAGAGAGAGUGGCAGAUCAAGAGGAUUUGGUUUUGUAACCUACAGCACUCCUGAGGAGGCGAACAGUGCUAUACAAGCGUUUGAUAACCAGGAUUUUCAAGGCCGGACUAUAAGGGUGAAUUUUGCUACUGAGAGGGCACGAAGUCCAGGCGGUGGUUAUGGUGGUGGUGGAUAUGGCGGCGGCGGCGGUUAUGGUGGGGGCGGUGGUUAUGGUGGUGGCAACUAUGGCGGCGGUGGCGGAAACUAUGGUGGUGGUGGCGGAAACUAUGGUGGAGGCGGUGGUUAUGGGAGAGGAGGUGGCGGCGGCUAUGGUGGUGGUGGUGGUGGCUAUAGUGGCGGUGGGGGAAGUGGUGCUUAUGGAAGCAGUGGUGGCAGUGAUUUUGGCUUUGAAAAUGACAGUCAGAACACCAAUGUAGGUGUUACCAGCACUGAUUUUGCCAGCGGUAGCGCCACUAGUGGCAUUGAUACUGAUGCAAGCAGUGGUGUUGGUGGUAGCGCAGGGGGAUAUAACCCUGGCUUUCCUGAGGAUUUUAAGAAUGAUAAUGAUGAGCCUGAUGAUUUCGCAAGUAGAAAGGCAUAAUUACCAUCAGUCAAAAAGUUGGCUUUGUGGACUUCUUUGUUUCACGACGACUUCUUUAUUGCCUUAUCUUUCAUCAUCAAGUUUUUCAAUUUAGAACAUUUGUCUAUCGACUUUAUUAGCUGGUGCAUUUCCAUGUAGUGCUUCUUGUUGAUAAUUUCUAGACACUAGAGAUCUGGAACACCCAUGAAAGUCGGAAUGUUUAGUGUAAACUUUUACAUGGAAUGCAUCCUGAACUUGAGAUUGUGAGCAUGACAAUCACUCAUAAUAAUCAUUCCCGGUUGUGGUGUUUUUUGGCCA